AUGACUGAAUUUGUUGAUGCUUGCAGCUUCUUAAACAAGUAUGUGGUUGCUCAAAAUGGAAGUAUCAAUUCAAAUACAUCCUUGUUUCAUGUUGGAGUUGUUCUUGACUUAAAAUCAAAAAUGGGAGAGAUCGCUGAGAGCUGCAUCUCUAUGGCUUUAUCUGAUUUUUAUGAAAUUCAUGCAAAUUAUACAACAAGAAUUAUGCUCCACGCCAUGGAUUCUGAACAAAAUGUUGUGGUUUCAGCAUCCUCAGCUUUAUACUUGAUGAAAGAUGUAAAGGUGCAAGCCAUCAUUGGGCCACAAGAGUCAACUCAAGCUUCAUUUGUGAUCGAACUCGGAGAAAAUGCCCAAGUGCCAAUUGUUUCUUUUUCAGCAACAAGUCCUUCUCUUUCUCCCCUUAAAAGUCCUUAUUUUAUAAGAACAGCUAUUGAUGACUCAACUCAAGUUAAAGCUGUUGUUUCCAUUAUUCAAGCCUUUGAAUGGAAGGAAGUAGUUUUGAUAUAUGAAGAUACCAACUAUGGAAAUGAAGUUAUACCCUAUUUCAUUGAUGCCUUCCAAAAGAUUGAUGUUCUUGUGCCAUAUAAGAGUACCAUUCCUCUGGAUGCAACUGAUGAUCAAAUAUUAAAAGAACUUCAUAACUUGACAACCAUGCCAACUAGGGUUUUCAUUGUCCACAUGUCUUCUUCUAUUGGAUCUCGGCUUUUUAUGAAUGCAAACAAUGCAGGAAUGAUAAGCCAAGGUUAUGCUUGGAUUGUCACUGAUGGGUUAUCAAGAUUAAUGGCUUCCAUGAAUUCCAGUGUUAUUGAUUCAAUGGAAGGUGUAUUGGGUGUAAGACCAUACAUACCAAAGUCCAAAAAGCUUGAAGAAUUUAAAGUCAGAUGGAAAAGAAAUUUCUACUCAAACAAUUCAUAUGGUGAAAUAUCUGAGCCAAGUCUAUAUGGUAUAUGGGCAUAUGAUACAGUUUGGGCACUAGCCAUGGCAGUUGAGGGAGUUAAAACCAUGGAUCCUCAGUUUCUGAGUAGUAACACUACCAAUAAUUUAAGCGAUCUUUCAUGCCUUGGAUACUCAACAAUUGGCCCACAACUUCUCCAGACUAUCUUGAGCACUAGAUUUAAAGGCCUAAGUGGUGAUUUCCAUUUGGUUAAUGGAGAGUUGGAAUCUUCAGCUUUCCAAAUAUUUAAUGUGAUUGGGGAAGGGGAGAGAGUGGUUGGACAUUGGACCCCAAUGGGAGGGAUUUCAAGACAGUUAAACACAACAAAUAACUUAACAGAUUCAGGUUUUCUGAGUAGCCUCAAAGCUAUUGUAUGGCCAGGAGACUCAACAACCAAGCCAAAGGGUUGGGUUAUGCCAACAAAUAGUCAAGAGAGGUUAAAAGUUUUGGUGCCAGUUAAGACUGGCUUUAGUCAAUUUGUGAGCAUGGAAAGAGACAAUAUCACCAAUGAGAUGAUUGAUAUCACAGGGUUCUGCAUAGAAGUAUUCAGCAAUAUAACAAGUAGACUACCCUUUGGUCUCCCCUAUGAGUUUCUACCUUACCCUAUCAAUGGAACUGUUCUUGAGAGCUAUGAUGACCUAAUUUAUCAAAUUUAUCUUAAUAACUUCGACGCAGCAGUAGGGGAUGUAUCGAUUUUGUUUAAUCGAUCUAAUUAUGUAGAUUUCACAUUGCCUUAUACAGACUCUGGAGUGACCAUGGUUGUGGCAAUGCAAGAUAAUUUGGAGAAAGAGUUGUGGUUGUUCUUAAAGCCUUUAAGCCUAGAACUUUGGUUGGUGACUUUAGGAGGUUUUGUCUGCAUAGGGGUCGUGGUUUGGAUUCUUGAACAUAAAAUAAAUCCCGAGUUUGGUGACUCACGUAGACAACAAAUUCAAUCAAGCAUUUGGUUCUCCUUCUUAACACUUGUAUUUGCCCAACGAGAGAAGAUUGAGAGCAACUUAACAAGGUUGGUGUUGUUCACAUGGGUGUUUUUUGUGUUAAUCUUAACACAGAGUUACACUGCUAGCCUCUCAUCAACUUUGACAGUACGGCAGUUGCAGCCAACAAUUACAGAUGUUAAUGUCCUAAAGAGUAAUGGAUAUUAUGUGGGAUACCAAGAUGGGUCGUUCGUGGGAGAGUUCCUGACAAACUAUUUGCAGUUUGAUCCGUCUAAACUCAAGAGUUAUGGUUCUCCAGAGGAAUAUCAUUAUGCUUUAUCUAAUGGGUCUGGUAAUGGGGGAGUUGCUGCAAUUUUUGAUGAAAUUCCUUAUAUUCAAGUCUUCCUCAAUAUGUAUUGUAAUCAAUACACCAUGGUCGGACACAUCUACUCUUCUGAAGGAUUUGGCUUUGUAUUCCCUAAAGGCUCUCCUUUAGUCUCUUAUAUGUCAAGGGCAAUCUUAAAUCUUACUGAUGAUGGAACAUUAGACACAAUUAAGCAAGGGUGGCUAGAAAAUCAAACAAAUUGCAAUAAUGCAGACGCUACAUCCAUUUCAACCAACCAGCUCACCUUGCAAAGCUUCGGAGGUCUCCUGUCCAUAAUUGCAGUUGUUUCAUUCGUUGCACUGCUAAUACACUUUUUCCCGUUGGGGUAUGGCAAGUAUCAGGCUACAUUUAAGAUUUUCAGUAAUAUCAUAAAUGGUCUCAAGGUCAUGCCCCAGGCAACUGAAGGUGGAUCCAUGGAACAUCAACAUAAGGAUGCUGAGCAUAUGGAAGAAGCCACUGUUGAAGAAAAAGAAUGA